CCAAAACACCAACAAGGCAACAAGAAAGUGAUCAAAGGAUUGAUUGGAGCAUUGAGCAAGAAGGUGAAAAGUGAGAUGGUCAAUUUCAAUACACUUAUUGCAAUCAAAGCAAUCAUUUUCAAGAAAAUUGAUACAAGAUCAUCGAAUAUGUAUCCAGUUGGAGAAAACCUA